CUCAGCGUGGGAACGAGAGAUCCUUCAGAUCGUGUUAUACAAUUCAAAACGAGAUUUUAUUCGCAAUUGAAUCUGUGCGUAAGGGUAUAUUCAAAAGAAUAUCGAAGCAAUGUCAAUCUUUUUUUUAUAAGAAACUUGUCUGGAAAAUUUAGCCGUCGUUGAAGAACUGAGUGCAAAGGAAGAAUAGUUUCGAAAUUUAUUUUUCGAGAUUUCAACUUAUCCUUUUUACUAUGAAAUUCCGGUUAAAUCCGUGCGACAAAAUGAAAACUGCUCCAGUUUUUCCAGGACGUCUUCUAGAAGAGGCUACAGAGACAAAGACUUUCGGAGCACGUCAGAAAAUGCGCGACUGAGUUCCCCUUAAAGCACGCCCCGUGCAUGCGUCUCAAACACAACGUGCUCGCACAGUCAAGCAUCUUAUUUUCAACAUUCCAGAAGCGAUUCCAUCGACUUCUUGCUCCGGCUCAAUCAGACACGAUCAUCGAGUAGCGAGGAGUUUUUUGGUGCUCCGAGAGCCCGCCGCCAUUCCGAAAUCAUUUCGUCAGAAGCGAUCAAUGAGGAAUAACUAAUAUCUUGGAAAAACUAUCGUUCAAAAUUCACCAAAUUACUUUCGUUUACUAUUUUCUCUGAUUAGCAGACUAAUUCAGUGAAGAUAUGGUAAAUGAAAAUAAUUUAUUUGAUAGAGAUAAGACAAGUUUCUUAUCUUGUCUAAAUUUGAUCAAACCAAUCUGUCAUCUUUGAAUCUUCAUUAAAUCUGUGCGAUCGUUGAGUGAUCGUUGAGAAUCGAAUCUUAAUCUAAACCGAAACUUUGUUAUUCAUGUAAUUCUCAUCAUCACCGAGGUCAACCCGUUGAUUCCUAACACUAGGAUCAUUUGGUAAAUCACAACGAUUCGAUGCUGAAAGGCUCCUUAGAAUUAUAUCGUAGAUUUUGAAGCGAGAGUCCGGGUGAUUCCCGAUGAGUGCAUAUUCUCGUUCGUCCAGCUCGGUCGAUCCGCUCGUCGCCUAGGAAUGUUCGGCAGGAAAUUUCCAUUCCCGGCGGUUCGAUCGGACCGAAACGAAUGGCUCGGGGCCCCGGCGUCGUUCCGGCACGAGUCUGUUCAGCGUAAAGGCCACGGGAAGAACCGACAAAUGUCGGAGAUUGCCGAAGCACCGUUGCGCUGAACCACGAGCUACCCUCGGCAGCAGCUCGCGGCUGGCUAUGGCUAUUGACCGAGCUUGGCGGACCGGCCGGUCAGCUGUGCGCCUCGCCGGCGGUGUGGUAUUCUCCUCCGCGGCCAGGAAGAAGCCGUCCACGUAGACGAGGCGGUGUGUCGUUCAGGUCGGUGUAGAUCAGCCGGUGUGAGUCAAUAACGGGGAACCGAAAUACGAACGAACAUCCGUCCAGAGUUAGUUGAAAGGAGAGCUAGCGAGGACUCCCUCAGGAGAGGAGUCCAGCGGCGACGGAAGUGCUUGAAAGACUCGGUCUCCGGGCGUUGUAGACGAUCGCAUAGAGACAGUCCCCCGGAGAGCCACGCGUUCGUACAUAUGUCCGCGAGUGGAAUCGAGGAGAAAGAGAGACUGACUGCUCCGGUCUUGUCGUUGUCGUCAUCAUUGAUGGAUCGGUCCGAGUGAAAGCCCAAAACGUGCGAAUCGCUGGCUACACGCGCUGCGGCAAGUAAAGACAGUUGGAGUAGGAGAGUGAACUCCAGACGGAGCGGGGGUUAAAGAAGACUAGAGAGAGAGAGAGAGAGAGAGAGAGAGAGAGAGAGAAAAAGAGAAAUGUACUGAGAGAGGAAAAAGAGAGAAAGAAAGAGUGAGAGCGAGGGAGGGAAGGAGGAACUUGGCUCACGGGCAAUACUCGACAUGUAGAGACCGACCGGCUGUGCACGGCCAGUGCGGAGAGGAUCGCGCGAGAGAGGACCUGAGAGAGGAAGAGAAAGAGAGAGAAAAAGAGAGAGAACAAGAGAACGGGCAACGAACGAUCCCGAGAGAGACCGGGGAAGAGGUUGGUGGGAGGAGAAACUGAAGGAGAGAGAGUGAAAGAGACAGAUCGACCGAGUGUAGGAGAGACACCGAAUGAAACAGAGCGAGAGAGAAAGAGAGAGCAAAGGAUAGACAAAUAGAUAGGUGUCGUGUACGUAUGCGUUACGAGUGACGAGUGCAGGUGUGUGCGCGUGUUGCAGGCAGGCCACCGGCACAAAAAGUGCUGGGCCCAGUGGACUUUUCCAUACCGGAGGAGAACUGCGUGCAUACGUACGCACGUACGUACGUGCGUACAUCGUGCGUGCGUACCGUCCGCGCGCGUGUCUGUGUGCACGAGAGUGCGCGCGCCGCCUUCGCGAUCGCGGACGGACACGCCGGCGAGUUUUCGGCCGAGUACCUGCGAACGAGGACGGACGGAGACCGAUCGACCGACCGACCGAUCGACCGACCGACUCUCCUCUCUUUUCUUCUCUUCUCGUGGUCUACACGGUGACCUCCGCUAAGACAGAAGAAACAGGCUAAAGCCAGGUAAAGCCGCACCGACCGGUAGCCAACUCGAUUUCGUAGAGUGCGCGCGUCAGGUGCGAGAAGAAGAGAAGGAGAAAGAAAGAGAAAAAGAAGGAGAGAGUUGGAUGGUGAAAGAGAGAAAGAGAAAGAGAGAGAGAGAGAGAGAGAGAGAAAGAGAGAGACCAGGAGGUUGGACGUCGCAGCGCUGACGUCGAGAGGAUACCUUACGUGGACGGCUUUACCGGGUGGAAGCGACCGCGGAAUCGUCGACAGCGAGAAGAGGAGGUAAUAGGAUCGUCCGUCACUGAGGUCUACCUUGCCGGCCGAGAGAGAGAGGGAAAGAGCGAGCCAACUUGGUACACACGAACUCCGUUCCGACUCUGACUCCUCCGUCGCUACUAACUCGCGGUCGGUAAAGCGUCGAGACGACGGCAGUGGUGAUCCGGCGAGAUACGAACGGCUGGCAGUCGCGGCCUUCUGGUGGACGUGAUAAGGACGAGUGGUGUGAUCCGUUCCGGACGAAGUGGUCGGUUGUGCGAAGCGCGAGAAAAAGCUGCGAAGGGACGGACAGAAAGAAAGGAAACGGAUCAACGGCUUCUCGAUCGAACAAUUUGGUGCUGCAUUUAGUGCUACUCCAAUUGUACCGAUAUUCAGAAGACCAAAGGAACUUGAGAAGAUCUAGGAAGUGAGAUAUUAAAGGAAACAAAAUCCCUGCGGAGGAGAAAGCGAACGUAAAGCAACAACGAGAGAAGACACGAGUCCUUGAUCAACAAUCCGGUACUACGUGGACUUAAUCACGAACGACGGUGCGGGGAAGGCAGAAGAUAGCCAAAAGGAAGAAAGGAAGUAGCCGGAGUGUCCUUGAUGGGCCAUCCGGUGGUACGUGAUCGAGCUGUGUCGCGACCGACAUUGACUCGGCUUCGUCGUAUCGAGGGAGAUUAGAGGCGACCCACGUUUUACUCGCUUCGUUCGGCAGACAACGAACGCCGGCGAAGCGACGGGAGCAACGAAGGAGAGUUGCGAGGGGAGAGUGAGGAGAGGAGAGGAGAGGAUCUACUUGCUGAUCAGCGCGAACCCCGGGCGAUAAGCGGCUCCCGUCUCGAGUUGAUGAGCCGCUGACUCGGCGGACACGGGAGCCGGUUGUUUCAAAGCUAUUAGUGCCCACGAUGAUUCCAAUUAUCUGCGAGUGACUUCCACGUUCGCGCACGACGAUCUGUCUACCGCCCUAUCCAGUCGUUUUGCGAUCACUUGGCACGCUCCGUGCCGGUUUCCUUAACGGAAACGAGGACUCUCUCCGACUUCCACGUGUACAUUUUGAGAACUGCCGAUUCUGGAUCCUUGCGAGUGGAUAGAGUGAUCGGCAUCGGUUUCAGAAAUCGACUGGAAAUGUGCGAUCGCACGCAUCGUGGAUCCACCUGGAGUCUCAACUUGAUCUACCAUUAUUAAUUGCUUCGAGGAUAAUCUGGCAGCAUCGUUCCAUCGGAUUAAUCCGUUCGGGACGAAUUUCCAGAUAAACGGACGGGUGAUCGCCUUCCAUUCCAUCCGGGAUUACUCCGGGAUCGCGCUCGAUAAGCCACGAGGAUUCCCGUACGCUCGCGCUCGCGCGAGGCUACGCUUGAAAAUCGCUCGGUGUCGUUGCUUGACAAAACCGGUUUCGUUCGGCUCAGCGAAUCUCGGCGUUUAUACAAAGGUCGUGUGUGAGAGCGCGCCGCGCGCGCGACUGCGGGAGAGUAUGUGGUAGGAGUGAGAUUUAUGGAAAACGAAUUUACACGAGGUCACACCCACGGGAGCGGCUGUCUAUCUCUCUCUCUUUUUUUCUUGUAUCUUCGUUUCUCUUUCUCUCUCUCUCUCUCUCUCUCUCUCCCCCUUGUCUGUCUCCUUGUAACUCGCACUCUCUCCCCCAGUUUGUCUAUCAGUUUAUUCACGCAUUCCCUCUAUUAAUAAUAACGAUGGAGCCGAUACAACCGAGAAUCGCCGACCAGAUCACGUUGAAGAAUCCUUGAAGGAACGAGAUCUCGAUCGCAAGAGAGUGAUAUCGUUCUGAUAUCGACUAACCGAAUAAAUAUGCCACAUUCGCGGCGGCCUUGAAGAAUUUUCUUCGGGCCGACAGUCACUGUGCGCAGGAUCAGCGAACCUGAGAUAACGCCGGCAACGAAGCACAAGGGAAUUCAUAGGGCGGCUCAUCAUGCUAGCGACCUUGAGUAUCCAAGUGUCUCCGAUGAUUAAGAAUCGCGAUCGAUUGAAUACGUAACUAUUGGACGGCGAAUCUCAAAGACUUCGAAGGAUGUCGGGGGACUUGAGUGGCCCACGGGAGGAGCAGGACUCGUCGCCUGGGUCGAAUAGCAGCAACGCGUCAGUUGCGAGGAAAUCAUCGGCGAGGAAAAUUUAGCUGUCUUGCCACGAGCACUUGCUUGAUGAUCGGUCACGGCAACGAUGAAGCGUGCGACGAGCGCAUCCGUUGCGGCCGCCACGGCCGCCGCGACGCAAGUGCAUCACCAGGCGAGGAUCCAGGAGUUGUUCUCUCCCGGAUCAAUGCCGACGGCGACGGCGAUGACGACGUCGACGACGACAAUGACGACGACGACGACGUCGACGAACACGAAUACGACGAUCGGUACCUGCACAGACGAGCUGGAUAAGCAAAUCACAACGAUGUCCUCCCGGCUCGAAUCAAAAGGCUCACCGAAGAUUAGUCCUGGAACGGGCGACGACAACAAGGCUAAGUCUACAGUAAUGUCGCGAUUAUUAGCCGUCGAUUCCGACAACUACAUGCUGCGCAAGGCCGCCACAUCGGCGACGACGGCAGCUACCAACGGCGCCGUGGCGCCGUCGUCUACCACCUCAUCAUCGUCGUCAUCGUCGAAUGGUUCCGCGAGCAUGCAACUGCAACGGCAGAUGCAGAGUCUCGCCAUCGGAUCGACUACCGCGCCGUCGAUCCUCGCAACGUAUGGCAACGGUAGUGAUCACGUUGUCGGUCAGCUGUACGAUGUCACGCGGGCAACGUCCAGAUCGGCAGCGACGUACGUGUCACCCAGGUGGUACACCACCAGUAAUAAUAAUCAGGCGACGAGGCAGCAUCGAGAAGGAACUGCGGCAGCAGCGGUGGCGGCAGCGACUGCGACCGCGCAACUCGAGGAGCAAUCCUUGCAGCAGUUGCAGCUGCAAUCGCGUACGGCGACGUCGACGCGCGACGACGCGACGACGCCCGCGGCGUCGACGGUAGACGGUGUCGAGAGCGAGCUCGGUUUCACGAGGCCGGUGUGCGCGAGACCGGUGUCUUUUCAUCGAUACAUGUGUUGGUGUAGCGCGCAACAGCAGCAGCAGCUGCAGCUGCAGCAGCAGCAGCAGCAGCAGCAGCCUGCUGUGACGGAGGGCGUCGACGCGAACUCCUCGAUCGGUCGCGCGAAGGGUAGCAGGGGCUCAGCCACCCACGAAGGGUUGGCAACGAGACGAACUGUGCGCGAUGAUAAUAAUAGUAGUUUAUGUUGCUGCAUGUGCGGUUCUCUAUGUCCUGCAGAGUGCCACGCGUGCUUCCACAUCGUGUGCUCGGACUACAGCGGCCAGCACCUGUGCAAAUGGACUACCAAGGGUCACGCGCUACCGGGCCAGGUUCACGACAAGGACAAGCCUGUCAGUGAGUGGACGUCGCUGAACGUAGUUGAAUGGAUGUCAGCCCUAAAUCUAUACCGCUAUGCGGACGUCUUCAAAUCGAAGGACAUUAAAGGCAGCGAUCUGCUUCAUCUGGAUCGGGAAAAGCUCAUGAAUAUGGGUAUAAAAGAUGAAUUUCAUCAGAGGAACAUUUUGGUGUGCAUCGAGGAACUCUGCAAAACGUUGCCACCGCCUCCGGUGGCGAUGGAGACGAUGGGUUCGACGCUCAACACGACGACGCCGACACCCGGCGUCGCCGUCGAAUCGGCCUGUUCCCUCGGAGUCAACUAUCCGGGCAACAACCUGGCCAAUAACGCGCACAACCUCAUGCCGCACAGCUUCAGCGUGUUGGAGAAGUGCGGCAAAUGCCAUAAAUACCUCAGGGGCCUCUUACAUCAGGGCUUCCUCUGCCAAGAUUGCGGGCUGGUCUCUCACAGGACGUGUUCAGCGACGGGUUUACCUUCCAAUUGCAUAUCGGUCGACUCGGACAAUCGUAUCAGCAGGUUUACUUCAGUGUUCGGCCUCGCGCUGUGCUCGCAAUUCGACACCGCCAGCCGUGCGGCGCCGAUUCUGGUGGAGCGAUGUACCCGCGCCCUCGAGGAGCUGGCGUUCCCUAAUGAGCAGAUCCCCGAACUGCGACAGAAGCUGAACGAAGAUGUCUGUAAUGCGGAUUUAAGUCCGUACACUCCCCAAUGUAUCGCCAGUGUCUUGAAAAAGUUUUUACGUGAAUUGCCAGACCCAGUAAUCCCGGUGCAAUGGUAUGACAGGUUUCUGGAUGCGUCGAAUAUGAGAAGCGACGAGCAGUGCGCGACGCGUCUCAAUCAAUUAGUAGCGGAGCUACCGGAGCAUCAUCGUAGCACAUUGUGCCAUUUGAUGGCACAUUUCUGUCGCAUCUGCCAGUUGCAGCACGGAAGGGGCUACACGGAACCACCGACCAUCCUUGUACAAGUUCUCUGCCAUAUAUUUCUCAGGCCGCCCUGGGAGCGAAUCAUCCAAGUUGUUCACAACACGGAGGCACACAUACGCAUAAUGGAAUUGCUACUAUUACACGGCGAUUGGAGCGAGAGGCUACCGGAGUUUGCCAGUCCCCCGCAAUUGCCGCCACGUAAAGUUUCGAGACCACAGUUUCCGAUUUUGGAUCCGUUCCCGGUUCUUGAGGACGAAACUGUAGACAAAACGGCACCUGGUACGGAUACUGGCAAAGAUCAACAGCAGCAUAGGCCGCGCACGCUACAGGAAGCUGAAUGGUAUUGGGGUGAAAUCACGAGGGACGAUGUAAACGAGAUGAUGAUCGAUUCACCGGAUGGCACCUUUCUGGUACGCAAUGCGUCUUCCAAGGGUGGCGAGUACACUCUAACGCUGCGUAAAGGCGGGACCAACAAGCUCAUCAAGAUCAGUCACCGAAAUGGAAAAUAUGGAUUUUCGGAUCCCUAUAACUUCCAUUCGGUCAUCGAGCUGGUUGACUACUAUAGGAACUGCUCGCUCGCACAGUAUAAUUCGGUGCUGGAUAUUAAGUUGCUUUACCCGGUGUCGCGAUUUCAACAGGAUGACGAGAUCGCAAAUACGACCGACAUGGCAAAAGUCAGACAGAAAUAUUUUGAGUUAGAUAAAGAUAUAAAUGAUACAAUCCGGCAGUAUCAACAUUGUUCGGAUUUGUACAGCAAAACGGCCUACGAAGUUCAGUUGAAACGUAAUGCAUUGGAAGCUUUCACAGAGGCCAUCAAGAUGUUUGAGGAACAGAUAAAGUUGCAAGAAAGGUGCAAGAUAGAAGCCCAACCUCAUGAGAUUUCUACUUUAACAGACAAUUCAGAAUUGUUGAAGCGAAGACUGAAGGCCUUAGAAGAUAGUAAAGAACAAUUGGAUGAGAGUCUGAAACAACAGAUCGCCUACUAUAGAACCCUUGAGAGAGAAAUGUACAAGCUGAAGUCAGAGAUUGGCGUACUUGUGCGGCAAAAAGAUCGCCAUUCUCAAUGGUUAAAGAAGAAUGAGAUAAAGCAGAACAAAGAGGAGGUGGACUUUGCAGUUCAUUCCGAUGAGAAAACGUGGCUGUUUUUGAAAGGUUCUCGUUCUGAUGCUGAUCUUAUUCUAAAGGGCCGGCCCGAUGGUACCUUUCUUGUUCGUCGAUCGAGAACUGGCCAGUACGCACUUUCUAUAGUGUGCAACGAUACGGUACAGCAUUGCAUAAUAUACGCUACCGAGCGCGGUUAUGGUUUUGCCGAGCCAUACAACAUUCACGAGACCCUGAAACACCUAGUGCUGCACUAUGCUCAGAAUUCUUUGGAGGAACAUAACGAGUGCCUGACGACCACUCUGGCCUAUCCCGCGUUUGCGCCACCCGCAGCGCUAGCGCAACUACAGGCCCAGCAGAAGCAGUUGCAGAUCCAUAUUCAGAAUCAAUCAUCGUUCGCGCGACCGCCCCAUGAGAAUCAGCUCGUCAUGCCGCAUACAUAAUAUUGGCCUGUCGAGCGUCGCGAUCCGGAUCCGCUCGAGUCUGAGUACGUUCACGCACGCGCGCACACCCACACGUGAGUUCUGCUGCUACAAGCAUCAUUCGCCGACGCGAUCGGCAGAUCGACUGUAUCACGUGAGCCUUCCUUGACGAAUUCGAACACACGUUUCGUUGCGAGAUAAAACGCUCCUUCGUUCGGAACGUUUCCUAAAAUCGCGUACAAUAAUUAUGCGUAUGUUUCACAGUGAGAGGAAAUAGUCUCACGCGAAAUAUCGUGAAAGCACGCAAUGUAAUAUCGGUUGCUUAAUCAUCAUCGAAUGGUAGGUAGGUCGUAAGAUCUCCGAAAAUACGGAGCACUUUGACGAAGUGUAUAAUAGCCGUAAUAAUCGUAAGAGAUACUAGCGAUAGAAUUAGAUAUAUAUGCGUUAUCGCGAUACGAUAAUGAUCGCUUCGAAGCAGAAGUUCCCAAACGGCGCGUCGUGCAUCCUGAUAAAAUGCGAUUUAUAUCCAGAAGAAUAUAGAAGCAAGAAA